GGUACCCUAGAUUACAUGUAAGAAGCCGCACGCGCUAGACUAGGUCAGAUAGGUAGGGCCGGACCGGGCAUACAUGUAUCUGCGCUCUGUCACCGCCAACGAAGAGCCAGGUGCUUGAUGGACCAGUAGUGGCGAUAGGAGAGUAAGCAGAUCUGCAAUCAGCUCGAGGCUGCGAGGUAACAAUGGCUUCACUAGCUUGCACCUCGUGUCGGGCAAAGAAACAGCGGUGCGACCGCGAACUACCAUCAUGCAUGCAAUGCAUAAACGCUCAGCAGCCAUGCCGAUACCCAGAUCAACACAAGAGGGGUCUACCUGCGGGCUUUCUAAAUGCGUUAGAGGCGCGCCUGCGGGAAACCGAGGAAGCUCUCUUCUACGCACUGAGCGAGCUGCAUGAGGGCACCGUCGAGAACCAGGCAUAUGCUAGAAUUUCGAGCUCGCACUUCGCACGCCGCGCCUUGUCCCAGAGCAAGAGCGAAAUGAUGGAGAUGUGGGCACAUCUCCCCCUAGGAGACCGGAGCCAAGCGAAAGCGUGGUUUCUCAGUCUCCGCCUCGGUGGGGAUGAGGAGUCGUCGCCCACCAACAUCCAGCUCGAGCUGCCGCAAUCGGGUGCGAACCCGGGUGCGCAGCCGUCGUCACCAUCAUCAUCAUCAUCACAAGAUGCCAUAGAAAACGCCCAAGCGAGAUCUGCGCGCGUCGGCGACAUGAUGCCAUCAUCGCCCAGACAGACUUCUCCAUUGCUUGAUUCCUCUACCGCGGCGCCUGCAUCUUACCCACGGUCGCAGAGUCUGCGAACGCUGGCCGAGAAAACCACCACGGCGACAGAACCGUCUCCGAGGUCGAUGACAUCAGCUCCUGAUAGCCUGGGGCUGUCCACUCGAGUGAAGGCAAUUGUAGAGUCUCGUAGGGACAUAUAUUUCUAAUGCUAGCGUAGCAUUUCGUUCGAGGCGACGGUGACUUUGGAGAUGGGGGGAGAUGGGGGGAGAUGGAGGGAGAUGGAGAGAGCUGCUUAGAUUCGGCAUAAUGAGGGACGGGUAUACUUGUCGAAACAGGCGAAUUCGAUAGAGCUACCCUUAUAUACAUGUAAGUAGUCAGUCAUCUCUAUCUUGGCUUAUAGGGAUGCCGUCUUGGCUGCUGUUGAGUGCCGCCUUGGCUGGGUGAUUGGCGUCUUGGCUCCUGUAUCACAUACAAAGUAGGAAGGGAUCUUUCUUUUGGUCCUUGGCGUUAUUCGUGCUACAGGAGAAAGGAUGGAACUCUGAUGGGACUGAACUCGAGGAGCAA